CUUCCUGCUACGUCACAGUUUAGCCGCGUCUGUUGAACUUUUAUUUGGCGGGAUUGGACAUUGUAGAGCCUGCUUCCUCGUCUUGUUGGCACCAUGCAGUUUCCUAGCAAAAAACCCAAGGCUGUUACUGACCUCAAGGCUGAGCUCUAUUCACAGCCUCUGCAGUUCUACGGACAACCUCCACUGGAAAACAUCUCCCUCUCUGAAUUUGAGAGUUUUGCUGUUGAUAGACUGAAAUUGCUGAAGACUGUGGAGAAUUUGGGAGUCAGCUAUGUGAAACUAAGUGACGACUACAAGAAAAAACUUGAUAAUGAGAUUAAAACGCAGAACUUUCCACAUGGGGCUGGUGAACAGACCGAAAAACGCAGAAAAGACCACAUUUCACACUUCAUUCUGAGACUGGCCUACUGUCAAACGGAAGAUCUGAGGCGCUGGUUUAUUCAACAGGAAGUCGAUCUCUUCAAAUACCGCUUUAAAGAACUGGAAUGUGGUGAAAAACUCAAAUUUCUCCACAAGAAUAAUCUCCAAUACAAUACAAUUAGUGCUGAGGAGAAGGAUAAUCUGAGGGAGAAACUUGCCACCUCCAGUUAUACUGCCAGUGGAGUCAAGGUGGAGGAACAGGAUUUCUACAAAGUUCCUUUUCAAGAUGCUCUUGACCUGGUGCGAACAAGAAAAGUGUACCUUGAAGAAGGCUAUGUGUACAUCCCCCAUAAUGAAAUCGUCACCAUUGUUCUCAAUGAUUUCCGCACAAGGCUUUCUAAAGCUCUUGCAUUGACAGCCCGCUCCCUACCAGCGGUGCAUUCUGAUGAGCGUCUCCAACCGCUUCUUACCCACCUCAGCCAUUCCUAUUUGGGACAGGAUUACAGCGUCCAAAAAAAUGUUGGGAAAAUCUCCUUGGAGCAGAUCGAUUCACUUGCAGGAAAGUCCUUCCCGCUCUGUAUGAGGCAGCUCCACCAGACGCUCAGGGACCAGCACCAUCUUCGCCACGGAGGCAGAAUGCAGUACGGUCUCUUCCUCAAAGGCAUCGGCCUCUCUUUGGAGCAGGCGCUGCAGUUCUGGAGGAUGGAGUUCAUACGAGGCAAAGUGGAUGCAGACAAGUUUGACAAAGCAUAUGCCUACAGCAUCCGCCACAUGUUUGGCAAAGAAGGCAAGCGAGCAGACUACACUCCCUACAGCUGCAUGAAGGUGAUUUUAUCAAACCCACCCAGCCAAGGCGACUAUCAUGGAUGUCCAUUCCGUCACAGUGACCCAGAAUUACUGAAGCAGAAACUUCAGUCCUAUAAAGUGUCUCCCAGUGGAGUCAGUCAGAUUCUUGAGCUGGUCAAAGGGAUGCAUUAUCAGUUGGCAUGCCAAAAAUACUUUGAGUUGACCCACAAUGUGGAGGACACCGCUUUCUCUCUCAGUCACCCCAACCAGUACUUCACAGAGAGCCAGAAAGUUUUGGGUGGAGGGAAAGAUGUGAAGCGAGAAACGGACACACUGCAGAGGCCACAGGAAAACUCUGCCGCUAGAGGAUUGACUCGAGAGCCAGCAGGAGAUGAAUCCCAGCAUUUGGCUGAGAUAACAAAGAACCUGGAGACCGACUUUCAAGAUGCCUGAUUCUGUUUUAAUCCAUGUGGAAAUAAGUACUGGUUUGAGGGUCAGGUCUCUUGCUGAUUGAAAACUGUAUCCUCUGACUUACUGAGUAAGAUCUUUUGAGUUGUUAUUGUCAGUCAUGCAGUGCCUUGUUCUUUUACAUAUUUUGCUACAUUACAGUCACAAACAUCAAUGUAUUUUAUGUGAUUGUCCAACACAUUAAAAUGAUUUAAAAAAAAGAUGGCUUGAUCUGUAUUAAAGUUACUUUAACAAGCCUCUAAGGCCUUCCAGAGCAACUGGAAGGUCUUGGGCAUUAAUAAUUGGAUGACUUCCUAGGGCAAUUAAUUUCAAGGUAGUAGAGUUAAGGGGCUCAUGUUUGUCACCCUGUUCAGAUUUUGAUUAUAAAAAAUACAAUUUUCUUCCACUUCUCACUUACUGUAUGUGCUACUUUGUGUUGGUUUACAACAUAAACUCUGAAUAAUUUGUGGCAACAUUUUAAAGAACUUAACACUUUAUCAAGACAUUGCUAGCUUUCAGCUUCCAGCCUUGAUAUAACACAAAAUUGCAUUGUCUUAUCUUUUUAGCUUAUUUUGUUGAGCCUGUUUGUUUGCUUUCUUUGCUUUUACUCCGGUUUGAACUUGGAUGGCUCACACUCCGCCUCAGUGCACGCCGUUUGGCAGGGAUGUGGUUUUGGGGUGUGCUCGGUUGAACGUUCCCCUGCUGUCUCAGAAACAAUGUCAUUGUAUUUUCUGGCAGCAGCGUGGAUGAAUGGUGACAGGAGGAUGGAUGAAAAGAAUAAACAAUUUCUACAGUU